AUGUCUUCUGCAGCAGAGUUUGAACAAUAUUUUGUUGAAGGUGACACACAACAUGAUAGUGUAAACGAAGCAAGGCCAACUCAAACACUUGUGAAAAACAUGUUCAUUUCACCUUUUUGGCAGUUUGUUAUUGGUGCUACAGUAUUAAAUGGAGCAUACCUGUUAGGAGUGUUUGGCUUUAGUCUGUUAUGGUUACUCCUUGGAAGUUUUCUGUGGGUGGCAUGUGAAGCUUAUAUACAUAAUAAAGAACUUUAUCAAACUGUACGUACUGAUGAAAAAAGUGCAGUGUUAGCAAGACUAGAAGAUUUACCAACAUGGGUCUUCUUUCCAGACACAGAGAGGGUAGAAUGGAUAAACAAGAUCGUUCACCAGUUGUGGCCUUACAUCGGUAAUUUGGUAGAAGAUUUAUUCCGAGAUGAUGUUGAGCCUGCCAUUCAAGCAAGUUUACCAGCGUAUUUACAGAGUUUCAAGUUUGACAAGCUCAUUCUUGGGGAUAUGCCUCCUAGGGUUGGUGGUGUUAAAAUUUAUAAUGAAAAUGUUGCUCGUGAUGAAAUAGUUCUGGAUGUUGAAAUGAUGUAUUCUGGAGACUGUUUAUUUUCAGUAAAGAUGACAGGAUUGAAGGCUGGAAUUAAAGAUGUCCAGUUUCAUGGUACAAUGCGUAUUGAAAUAAAACCACUGCUGAAGCAGCUUCCUCUGGUUGGUGGGAUUAAACUGUUUUUUCUUACUCCCCCUACAAUUGAUUUCAACCUGACCAGUUUGGCAAACAUUUUCGAUAUACCUGGUCUGAGUGACAUCUUGCGUACAGUUAUUGUUGAUCAACUGUCAACUGUGAUGGUUCUACCUAACAAAAUCAACAUAUCUCUUACAGAAAGUGUCAACCUUCGUUUACUGAAAUUUCUUCAACCUGUU